AUGCAUUGUGAUUUUAACAGUUUAUUUUCUCAUGGCAAAAGCACACAAGCUGCUAAGUUAUCAGCCGUAAAUGUUAGGAGUAGAAGAGAAAUUUCUGCUGGGAAAAUUAACGCUCUUGACAUGAUAAGGGGGAAAAAUAUUCGGCUCCUAAUCGAUUCACAUUUGGAGGGGAAAUUUUCAACGGAAGAGGCAACUGUGGUUUUUGAUCUUGCCUCACAAUGUUUGCAGUAUGAACCUCGGGAGCGGCCCAAGACCAAGGACCUUGUUACAACACUUUCUGCACUGCCAACUAAACCCGAUGUUCCAUCAUAUGUUAUGCUUGGAAUUCCGAAGCAUGAGGAAGCACUUCCUAUCCUACAUCAUCCUCUAUCUCGAAUGGGUGAUGCUUGUUCUCGUACGGACCUUACAGCUAUUCAUCAGAUUUUGUUGAUGACAAACUACAGAGAUGAUGAAGGGAGUAAUGAGAUAUCUUUCCAAGAGUGGACUCAGCAAACGAGGGAUAUGUUGGAGGCAAGAAAGCGUGGUGACUUGGCAUUUCGUGACAAGGAUUUUAAAACUUCAAUUGAGUGUUACUCCCAGUUCAUUGAUGUUGGAACCAUGGUUUCCCCUACUGUCUAUGUAAGGAAAAGUCUUUGCCAUCUAUUCUGUGAUCAACCAGAUGCUGCUCUCAGAGAUGCAAUGCAAGCUCAAUGUGCCUAUCCUGACUGGUCCACAGCAUUUUACAUGCAGGCUGUUGCUCUUUCCAAAUUAAACAUGAAUAAGGAUGCAGCUGAUAUGUUGAAUGAGGCUGCUGCUCUCGAAGAGAGAAAAGGCAACGACUAGGGAAAGGACCUUAGGUUCAUAACCUUUUGUUUUUUAGCAACAGAUCUUUGUAUACAUGAAGUUGGAAAUGGCUACAUUUAAAGAUGUAUCACAGAGGGAGGAAGAAUCAUACUUCUUUUUGCAUAAGCUGUUGAGCUAACUUUACCUCCUGAAUUUGAUAAAAUAUUUAAUUCAUUCUUAUAGUGUGCAUGUCUUUGCGUAUCUUAUAGUACAAACA